UCCGUCAUUUCUCUCUGAACUUCCCUUUAACUUAAUUAAAAAGAUCUUAAAAAAUUCCCAAACCAAAAAAAAAACGUAACCACGCCGGGAAAAUGGAGCAGGAACCAGAAUCGGACCGCCGCGAUUCAGCUGAUGCGAUGACUACUACAAGCUCCAACGCCGUAGAAGGUGGAGGAGAAGCAAUGGCUCGAGGUUUAUCAGCGAUGCUGGAGUCGGUCAUCAAAGACUUUGACUCUAAAUCUCUCGAUACGCUCAAUAGCCAAGACAAACUCUCCGCUUCCCUCGAUCGCUUAGUCCAAGAGCUAGAUCAAUUGCUGGAGAGUGCUCCGUUGCCGUUUAUAGUACAACACGCGUCGAGAAUCACAAGCGUCAAACAAAGAGUUUCGUCGCUUAAUCUUGUCCUUAAAUCUAUUCAAAGGCGUAUCGAUAACAUCGAUCACAUGCUCUCUGCCAACUCCACCACCACCACCGCCCUAGACAAAACAUCCUCGGAUACUACAUUAUGAUGAGCUUACUGCUUCGGGUUUGGUAGCAGAGAAUCAAAGAGGUGAUGAGCUUUUUUUAAUAUAAAGCGUCUCUAUGUAAUGUACAAGUUUGCUCAUCGUUUUGAUGUUAUCGGGCUUCUCUAUUGGGCUUUUCUUAGCUCAGUUCUUUUUUUUUUUAAUUUCGAAUACCCAAUUUUCCAUUUUUAUUUGUUUUCUUUUAUUAUAGUAGUAAUAAAAUAUCUUUUUUUUUUCUUCUUUUGUUUAUAUCGUUACAAACUCUAAUUCGAUGAACCAGGGUCCAUCGACCCAAUCAUGUAAAACAGAAUUUUUAAGUGAA